AUGAGAAACAUUAAAGAAGAACGGUUCCCGAAGCCGAUGAGGUUCGAUCCUAGCCAGAGGAACCCUAAUUUGUGGUACGAAUACCACGGGAUGAACUGCCACCGGACUGGGGACUGCCGACAUCUGUGUGAAGAGGUGGCAACACUACUGAAAAAUGGCCAUCUCAGGGAAUUCUUAAGCGACCGGGCUAAAAACAAUUAUUGUCACAACCGUGAUAACAGGGAGCCCUCAAAAGCAGAAGAAGAUCCCCCGCGCCAGCCAAUCAACAUGAUUUUCGGGCAAAAGGCUCCGGGAAGUCCUAAAGACGACAUCACUUUCACGGAGGAGGAUGCAGACGGAUUGUUGCUACCGCACAAUGACGCGCUGGUAAUUUCUUUUUAUGUAUUAGAUUUUAAAAUCAAACGUAUUCUGGUGGAUGUAGGGAGUUCGGCAAAUAUUAUACAAUGGAGGGUAUUAGAACAAGCUAAACUUACCAGAAGCAUCAUUCUGGCCACGAAACUCCUCGUCGGGUUCAACCUCGUAAGCGUGACAACCCGAGGAGAGCUCCUACUACCCACAAAUGCCAAGGGGGUGACGAAGACGAUCCUUUUGGAGGUUGUGGAUGGUAAUAUGGGCUACAAUAUUAUCCCGGGAAGACCGUGGUUGCACGAGGUGAAAGCUAUACCAUCGACGUACCAUCAGUUGCUGAAAUUCCCAAUUCCCAAGGGGACUAAACAGAUAAAAGGCAAUCAACCGGCGGCAAGGGAGAUGAAUGUGAUUUCGGUAUCCAAUAGCAAAGGGAAGGAGCAUGCGGCAUAG